AUGAGCUACCUUGAAACUCUCGCAAAAAAUGAGUCAGAAGAAAUAAAAGAAAAGGCACAAAACGCCUUAAAGCUGCUGGUGGAAACUUCGCCACAUGUAGAAGAUCUUAACGAAGUGGAAAGAGGUGAAUACAUUUCUGCCAUCCUUCAUGGUGUCACCUCUACCUUCGAAGGACCAAAGGUAGUAGUGCGCAGAGAAUAUUCUCUAUCUGGCACUAAUGGUAAAGUAUUACCAUUUGAAAAGAAUGAUGAACUACAAUAUGCCUAUGGCAUUGUUACCACCGGCGAUAGGUGGUACUUUACCAUUGUCUCAUCUGACAAUGAAAUCGGAGCCAUCAGCGAAUCUAUCGAUUUGCAGUUGGAAAAUUUUCAAUUAAAUGAUAGUUAUUUGAAUGCCAUAAGAACUUUGUUUGCGGUAAUUCGGACAAUACUUUCCGACAUAAUGGAAAGUUUUGACGAAGAACCGCAAACAAAGAGACAAAGGCUUCUUCAACUGUUAGGUAAUUGA